UUGCAUGUCAUUUUAAGUCGUUUGAAUAAUGUUUCUAGUCAUGAUCUAAUUUCACAAGAUUCACAAAGGGUUUUGAACAGACUUUGAACCCUGUGUGUCGGGUGAAAGGUCAAGCGGCCAUCUUUGAAGCGAUCCAGAGAGCUGUGGUGGUUUCUAGAAUGCUAGUUAACUAGCUACUAUACUAGUACUGUAGCUAACGAAGAAACGUACGUUUCAAAGUAACGUUACAGCUACAUGUAUUCAAACGGCACAUUACUAAAUUAUAAAUAGAUGUAUUGGUAAGUAACUUACAUCUAGCAUCGUAGUAGCUAGCUAGUAAACAAAGCAAGUGGAUAGAUUAGCUAGCUUGCUAGGCUACCUACCUAGGACUUUCUAGUUGGACAUUUGUAAACAUAUAGCUAUUAUAGUUUUGUCGCUAGGUAAACAAGCUUACACACUUAUCAAUGUAAAUGCGCAUGUAUAUUUUACACGGGUUCGUAGCUAUCCUGUUAGCGAAGAGAAGUAUAGACAGACUAUUAGCUACUAACGAGUAGCUAGACAGUUUUAUGCAGCAGGUUGCGUGUUUAACUGGCGGGACCUUUGUUUUUGUGGACAUUGUUGGUUUCCUCAGUUAACCUCAAAAAGUUGUGGGGUGUGUAACGGUACACCAAAGAGUACUUUCUGGGCACAUCAUGUCUUCUUUUUCUGAGUCUGCGUUGGAGAAGAAGCUUUCGGAGCUCAGCAACUCUCAGCAAAGCGUACAGACGCUGUCUCUGUGGAUCAUUCAUCAUCGCAAACACUCGCCGCUCAUCGUCAAAGUAUGGCACAGAGAACUGAAGAAAGCAAAAAGCAGCAGGAAGUUGACUUUCCUGUAUCUUGCCAAUGAUGUGAUUCAAAACAGCAAGAAGAAAGGUCCAGAGUUCGCCAAAGACUUUGAGACAGUCCUUGUUGACGCUUGCUCUCAUGUUGCAAGAGAGGCAGAUGAUGGCUGUAGAAGGCCCAUCGACAGGCUGCUCACUAUCUGGCAGGAGCGCAGCCUCUACAAGGCAGAGUUCAUCCAGCAGCUGAAGCUCGCUAUCGAAGACUCAAACAGCCCCCAACACCAACCCACAGAGGAGAAGAAGGCCCCUAAACGGACCUAUCAGAAGAUGAUCCAAGAGCCGGAGGAAGAGGAAGAAGAUGACUACAGGGGCAACAUGUCCCCACAGAAUUCAGACUUCUCAGGGCCACAGCUGACGGAGGAGCUGGUCAAAGCCCUGCAGGACCUGGAGAAUGCCGCCUCGGGUGAUGCUGCGGUGCGCCAGAAGAUUGCCUCUCUGCCACAGGAGGUGCAGGAUGUGUCCCUGCUGGAGAAGAUCACAGAUAAAGAGGCAGCUGAUAAACUCUCCAAGACAGUGGAUGAGGCCUGUCUACUGCUGGCUGAGUAUAACGGACGUCUGGCUGCUGAGCUGGAGGACAGGAGGCAGCUGGCGCGCAUGCUGACAGAGUACAUCGGUAGCCAGAAGGAAGCCCUCACAGAGAGGGAGAAGAAACUAGAAGAGUACAAACAGAAGCUGGCACGAGUCACGCAGGUGCGCAAGGAGCUCAAGUCUCACAUCCAGAGCCUGCCUGACCUCUCUCUGCUGCCCAAUGUGACGGGAGGCCUGGCCCCUCUACCCUCUGCUGGAGACCUGUUCUCCACCGACUGAGCUUCCUGCUCCCUGUCACACCCUGCCUCUCGCCAGGGCACACACUCCCUGUCGAACCCGCUCACUAGCUACUGAACCCUAGGGAGAGACUGAGAGGGACAUUGGAAGCUUGGGGACAUCCCUGGUGGGAGAGACGAUGGUUGUUGAAGAUUCCGUUCCACCAGCUUGGACAAAUCUCCUUUACAUUUUUAUUCUGAACGCCAGUCAAACACUAGCUAACUGGUUCUGUGUUGAAGAGAAAUGUUGAGUCAUUAGCCAAUCCCCAUUUUUGUGUUCAUAUGGUGAGAUGGUGGCUCGCACACGCACUAGAUCACGUGUCAAACUUAUUCCACGGAGGGUCAACUGUCUGUGGGUUUUCACUCCUCCCUUGUACUUGAUUGAUGAAAUAAGGUCACUAAUUAGUAAAGAAAUCCACUCACCUUGUUUCUGUGUCUUAGGGGAAAGCAAAAACCCUCCAUGGAAUGAGUUUGACACCCCUGCACUAGAUUGUUGUGACAGCUUUGUGAAGAGACACAUCACAUUUAUUUUAACGGCUUUAAGUUGGUUGCUUUUUAAUGUUGAUGAAAUUUCAGGUGAUUUUUGUUAGGGUGUAUGUAGGGAGGGGGCCUGUUUUUCCAUGUAGGUUGUCAUUAUUUACCAUUCUCUGUAAUUCCAGUUCAACACACAACAAUAUCCUUACCUUCAGGUUUGUCAUACAUAGCACUGAGUGGCCAAUCAUCGGUCAAUAACAUUUCAUCCAUGUAGUGGUGUUUCUCAAUCCAUUGUGAAAUAGUUUAGCCCUCAGACAAGUGACUGAUUGAAGUUAUUUGAGCAAACUUGGGGCAGAUUGAGAUGCUCACUGUCUUUGCUGAGCUCUGCUGAUGUCAUCCUUUGUCACAGAUGAUUGUAUCACUUGGUACACAUGUCAAACUAAGAGGCUUUUCAGGACUGAGCCCGGCCACUACUUAUUCAGCAUUAUUCAGACUUUUUUGAAGAGUAGCAGAAAGUUAACAUGGUUCGUUCUGUCACUAGUUUGGAUUAUGUGCACAGACCUGAGAGAUAAGUGUUUCUCCAUGUUGAAGAAUAGUAAUAAGACAUCUGCCCAUGGAAAUGUUGCUUUACUACAGAUGGUAGACCUGUGUGGCAUGUAUUUCUCUGCCGAUGCUUUACUACAGAUGGUAGACCUGUGUGGCAUGUAUUUCUCUCUGCCGAUGCUUUACUGCAGCAGUAAUUUCACUGCUAAAAUAAUUCCAUGGAUAGAAAUGAAAUGGAACCAUUAGGAAAGAGCUGUGCUGACUGGUUUAUACUCUGAGUAAUGUGACAUUGAUACGCUGGACCUGUUCAUGUUUUGGGGUGGACGUUGGGAAUCUAUCGACUUUCACCAGUGUCUUCCGACAGGUGGCGUCACUCAUCCAUGAAGACGAUGGACUUUCACAGUGUUCACGAAAAGAAAAAAUAUAUAUAUAUACUGAACAACAAUAGAAAUACAACAUGUAAAGUGUUGGUCCCAUGUUUCAUGAGCUGAAAUAAAAGAUCCCAGAAAUUUUC